GUGCGUUCGGCGAUCAGUUCGUGUGAGACAGCCGCCGCGCGUGGAUCGUUCAGAGUUGGAAUUCGAGGGACCUUGCCGUAGUCAUUAGCUAGUUAGUGUGAUUUGAAUAGCAAGUGAUCACGUUUGUGCUAAUAUAAUAUACCGUGCGGGGAAAAGUGGUAGUUGGGGAUUACCCGCAAUAACUGGUGGAAUAUUAAAAAAAGGUGUAAGGAAAAGCUACGUGAUUAAAUCGGAUUAUCCCCUGUCCAGAAUGGGACAUCUGGACGUGGCCCAUCUGCGGAUGGCCACAUCGGCUGUGAUAUGUUUGGCGCUGGUGUCAGUGUGCAGUGCCGAGGGAUUUUAUUCAAUUGUUGCCUCAAAUCUGCUGCGACCAAAUUCUGAAUACCACGUGUCGGUUAACAAUUUGAACAUCGCAGACACCGUCCGAUUUCGGAUUACCCUGAACAACACCGACACUGGAGUGCCCGUGGCCAGCGAGGAUGUGAAUCUAGGCCCCGGAGAGUCUCGCCUGAUUCCGUUCAGCAUUGGUGAUAUUCCUCAGGCCGAGUACGGCCUAACUGCCGAAGGGUUAUCUGGGUUCACGUUCAGGAACGAAACCAGAAUCACGUACCAGGCAAAGAGCUUCUCCGUGUUGGUGCAAACCGAUAAGGCAAUCUACAAGCCCGGUGAUACGGUGCGAUUCCGGGUGUUGGUUUUGGAUCCGAACACAAAACCGCUGCAGAAGGUGGACACCAUCAAGGUGCACAUUACGGACGGCAAGAGCAACCGGAUCAAGCAGUGGAGCGAUGCAAAGUUGGUAAAGGGCGUUUUCGAGUCGGAACUGGCACUUUCCAGCGCUCCGGUGCUGGGUCGUUGGAUGGUCAAUGUGGAGGUAUUGGAGAAGACCACUACGAAGGAGUUUGAGGUAGACGAGUACGUGCUGCCCAAGUUUGAAGUUACCAUCGAGUCUCCCGGGAUAACGACGUUCAAGGAUGGCAAAGUUAAGGCGAUUGUGCGAGCCAAGUACACGUACGGAAAGCCUGUGAAAGGAGAAGCUACCGUUUCGGCAUAUCCCGAUUUCCGGUUCCAUUAUGUGCAACCGUUUGAACGUGAUGUUAUCACCAGGAAGACCGUCCCAGUAGAUGGCAAGGGAUCGGUGGAAUUCGAGCUACGUGACGAAAUCAAGCUUGAGGGUGAUUACACAAGAGACAUUGUGAUCGAGGCUGUUGUUGAGGAGGAGUUGACGGGCCGUAAGCAGAAUGCUACAACAAAGGUUAAGAUUUACGACAAAAGGUACAAAAUGGAACUGAUUAAGUCUGCGGACAAGUUUAAGCCCGGACUACCGUACACUGCAUGGUUGAAGGCUAGUUUCCAAGAUGGAGCACCGAUUCAGGACAGCGUUAAUCAGGUAGAGGUUACACAAGAGUCAGGAUGGCCAGAACGCAACACCACGAAACGUAGCUAUACUCUGGACCAAAACGGAAUGGCCAAGCUGGUGGUGAACACGGACAUCGAAGCGGAUUAUGUUGAGUUUAAGGCAGAAUAUUUGGGAUCUGUGUUCUACCUGGGAUCGAUUUCGAAGGGUUGGGUGAAAACAAAUGCCUAUGUCCGUGCAAAGGUCCUGACAGAAGUGCCCACCAUCAACAAGGACGUUACCGUUGAUGUCUCGGCUACGGUUCCGAUGAAGUACUUUAGCUACCAAGUGUUGGGUCGGGGGGAUGUUAUUGUCGGUGGAACCAUUCCCGUUCCGGAUCGCACCCUGCACACCUUCCGCUUCCCGGCCAGCUUUGCGAUGGUUCCCCGGGCAAAGUUGGUUGUCUCUUUCGUUCAGGACGAUGGUGAGCUUGUCAGCGAUAGCGUCGAAAUUGAAUUUGGCAAUGAUUUGCAGAAUUUCCUUAAAGUUACACUUUCCAAGGCCGAAUCGAAGCCGGGCGAGGAUGUUGACAUUGUGGUGAACACGAACCCGGACUCGUACGUGGGAUUGCUUGGUGUUGACCAGAGUGUCCUGCUGCUAAAGAGCGGUAAUGACAUUACCAGCGGGCAGGUGUUUGACGAGCUAAAGAUGUACGAACAGCCCAGCUACGGAUAUUACAGGAGGAAGCGUUUCGCUCCGUGGCGCCACUAUAAUACCUACGAUGAUUUCAAUGAUGUAGGAGCAACCAUUAUGACCAACGCCAAUGAACCUCCACCAAACGACACAUCCUCCCGAUUGCCUCCGAUCACGUACAAGGUACAUCGGGCUCCGGAUGGAACCCCUCUGUACACAGUGAUCGAGAAGCAGCCGCGUUCCCAGCCAGAACAUGUGUUCAAGACCAACACACGGCCGCCGCUGGCGGGACCGUACGCAUUCAGCCGAAUUCCGAAGCCCCACAAGAACAUUCCGCGUUUAUUCCUCUCCCAAGAAAUUGCCAACACGUGGCUGUUCGAAAGUGCCUACUCUGGCUUUAGCGGCCAAAAGACCAUCACCAAAAAGGUUCCGGACACGAUCACCUCCUGGAUCAUCACCGGUUUCUCGGUGAAUCCCGUCUACGGUCUCGGAUUGACCCAACAACCACGCAAGCUGAAUGUGUUCUUGCCGUUCUUCGUGUCCACCAAUCUGCCGUACUCGGUGAAGCGUGGUGAGAUCGUAUCCAUCCCGGUGGUCAUCUUCAACUACAUGGAAUCGGGCCAGACUGCAGAGGUAACGUUCGACAACAGCGAGUACGAGUUCGAGUUUGCCGAUGUGGAGAACGAAAUUCAUGAAAAUUCGAAAGCGGAAACGUCCCGCAAAAAGACCGUCGAGGUGCCGUCCAACAGUGGCCGCACGGUUUCGUUCAUGAUUCGACCGACCAAGCUGGGACACAUCACGAUCAAGGUAACCGCCACGACGGCACUGGCUGGUGAUGGAGUUGAGAGACAGCUGCUCGUAGAACCGGAGGGACUUCCGCAGUUCGUGAACAAGGCCGCGUUCGUUGAUAUGCGAUCGGCUCCGGAAGUGAUGAAGAACUUUACCGUCGAGGUGCCGAAAAAUGCCGUGCCUGAUUCGACGCGCGUCGAGGUGUCGGUGAUUGGUGACGUGCUGGGAUCUACCGUGCAGAACCUCGACUCGCUCAUCCGAAUGCCGUAUGGAUGUGGUGAGCAGAACAUGCUGAACUUUGUUCCGAACAUUGUCGUUCUGGAUUAUCUGAAGGGAACGGAUCAGUUGACCAGCAAGAUUGAGCAGAAGGCAAAGAAGUUUAUGGAGUCCGGCUAUCAGCGAGAGUUGACCUACCGACACGAUGAUGGAUCGUUCAGUGCGUUUGGAAAUUCAGAUCCUAAGGGUAGCACGUGGUUGACGGCGUUUGUUGCCCGUUCGUUCAAGCAGGCUGCCAGCCAUAUCAGUGUCGAGGAAGCGAUCAUCGAUAAGGCUUUGGAAUGGCUGAGCGACCAACAGGCCUCCAACGGAAGCUUCCCAGAGGUUGGUAAGGUUUCGCACAAGGAUAUGCAGGGAGGAUCUGGCGAGGGAAUCGCAUUGACCGCUUACACGCUGAUCGCGUUCUUGGAAAACAGGAAUCUGCUUCCGAAGUAUCAGAACAUCGUGAACAAGGCAGUGGAUUACGUUGCACGUAAUAUCGAUGGAUUGAACGACGUUUAUGCUCUAGCAAUUGCCGCCUAUGCGCUGCAGUUGGCUGAUCACAGCUCGAAGGACUUUACCCUGUCGCAGUUGGACGGCAAGGCCACAACCGAUGGAGACACCAAGUGGUGGCAUAAACCAAUCCCGGAAAGCGACAGCAAGAAUCCUUGGUACGGAAAGCCAAACUCGGUGAAUGUGGAGAUGAGUUCUUACGCCAUGCUAUCGUUCUUGGAGGCCGGUUUGGACACUGAUGCGUUGCCAAUUAUGAAGUGGCUGAUCAGUCAGCGUAACGACAAGGGUGGAUUCCAGUCGACCCAAGAUACGGUCGUUGGACUGCAAGCUUUGGCCAAAUUAGCUGCAAAGAUCUCCUCAAAGAACAACGAUGUUACGAUCGUUGUUUCGUACAAUGAAAACCAGCAACGUGAGAUCAAGGUGAACUCCGAGAAUAACCUGAUCCUGCAAAAGUUUGAGCUUCCUUCCACUGCGAAAAAUGUAGACAUCAAGGCCACUGGACGUGGAUUUGCUAUCGUGUCGCUGGGAUACAAGUACAAUAUGAACGUAACUGGAGAAUGGCCACGUUUUGUGCUGGAUCCUCAGGUGAAUAAGAACUCCAAUCAAGACUAUCUUCAUUUGUCGGUUUGCACUAGUUUUGUUCCGACGACGGGCCAAAACAGUUCCAACAUGGCAGUCAUGGAGGUUGGUUUCCCAAGUGGGUUCACCGCAGAUUCGGAUACGCUACCGUCGCUGGAGAACAUGGACUACAUCAAGAAAGUGGAACUGAAGGACGGCGACACGAUCGUGGUACUCUACUUUGACAGUUUGGACCGUAACGAGUUGUGCCCAACGAUUUCAGCGUUCCGGACGCACAAGGUAGCCAAGCAGAAGCCUGCUCCGGUGGUCAUCUACGAUUACUACGACAACUCUCGUAUCGCUCGCCAGUUCUACGAUGGACCCAAGUCGACGGUGUGCGACAUCUGCGAGAAUGAAGACUGUGGCGAGUCGUGCUCGAUCCGGUCACAGAAGCAGCGUUCUCCCAAGGAUGACAACGGCACUGCGGAUGUUAGGGCAGUUAGUGGUGCUGUUACAGUUGGUGCGUUGUCCACGAUGCAUGUGUUGGUGGCUGUUUUAUUGCUGAAAAUGUUUUACUAAGAAGUGACGUGAUGAAAGUGGAUGCUUUAUCUACCAAAAGAAGGACUCGCAAUAAUUUUGCAGAAUUCACACGAUGAAAUAGCUAGAUUAUUGCGAUUUCAUCUUUGAUUUUAAAAGUUUAAAUUGUAACAUACAAAUUUAUAAUAAAGAACCAAACUAAAUUUAUA